AUGCUGGCUCCGUCCGUCCGUCCACUCCUCUGGCUGUUCGGCUGCGUCCUGUUCCGAGGUACUACGGCCUCCACAGAGUCCUCUGUGCACGCUGUAACAGAGCCUCCAGUGAAGUCGACACCACCGACCGACUUGAAUCUCACCUCUGUGGGUCAAACUACUGCAGCCAGAUCCUCUCCUGUUGCUACGACACUGCUAACGUUGACUGCGCGAGAUGAAAAACCUAGUGGAAGCAGAAGCACAGCAGCUUCACCACCUCAAGGUCAAGAGCCCAAGACAAGCGAGAGUACCACAACAUCAGCAACGCAAGGUGCCAUCACACUGCUAUCUUCAACACAGCAUGGCACCUUAAAGCCAGUCACCCCAACACCGAAUUCCUCUGGCUACCUGCCUGUGCCCACUCCGACAGAUGAUAAAUCCCCACUGACGGUGGCAGCUUUUGGUGUCAUCAGCUUCAUAGUCAUCCUGAUAGUGGUUGUGAUCAUUCUGGUCAGCGUGGUCAGCCUGAGGUUCAAGUGUAACCGCUCAAAGGACUCAGAAGACAAACAGAAACCAGGGACCUCCAUGGUAUCAGAGAGCUGCUCGGCAGGCACAAGCCAGAAGGAUAACAGCAUCACUCUGAUCUCCAUGAAGAACAUCAACAUGAACAACAGCAUGAGUUACCCGCCGUCAGAAAAG